CUCCUGAUGGCGAAGUCACCAGUCCGCGUCCAGGAAUAGUAAAAAGCAUGUGCGACCUCUUCGAAAAUCCUAAAAAUUUCGAGUGGCCMGAAGGCACAAAGAGAACAACAGCCGUCAAUUAACCAUGCCAAGAUCCCAUAUUUGUCGACUGGCGGUCGACUAGACAAUCUUUGUCAAAUAAACAAAAAAAAUCUCCAUUUGGAGUUAAAAAGCUCGUAGCUAAAUUAUCUUUCUUUAAAAUCCAACUUAGUCAAAUGAUUUUGUCGCCUUCUGAAGAAACUCCAUGGUUUUGAUAUCCAGAGACCUGGUUUGGUAGUAGCUUCAACCCAUUCCAGCUAACUCCACCGCGGCUGUGAAAUAAAGGAACGUAGGAGUGGCUGUGGACGUCAGAAUAUAAUUGCGAUAAAAAGUUAAGACAUUGAAGAAAUGCGUUAGUAUGCAAGACAUGGAGUUAAAUGUUAUAAAAAGAAGGCAAAGAUAGAAAAAAAUAACAACAAAACAGAUUAAACCAAAAAAAGAAAAAAAAAAAAAAAACAACAACAAAAAAAACAACAAAGAACCGAAGUAAUUGGUUGUAGUUCUGAAUGAUGACUAAACUUUAAGUUUGCGAUACUUUUUUUGCGCUUUCUAGAACAAUCUUGAAACCACUUGAAAGGUAACAUACGUCUUCUAAGCGGAAUAUCGUUUGAAUGCUGUUGCAAUGAUAAAUAAGUAACUUUUUUUGCACACUUAUCAAUAAGCGUCAUUGCAAGAUCAAGCGCCGUCUCAUUCUARCACAAAGGCAUAGUUAAUCAACGGUUAUUGACUAAAAUAUAAUUAUCUAYUAGCGGCCUACUUCUCCUAAUUAUUUGCUCGGUGUUUUAGAUAAAAUAAAUUAGUAUUAAACUAUU